GGGCACGUUCUCAAGCCCAUUUAUAGGGUUUCUCUUCGAACCCGAACGCGGCCCCUCCCCACCCAAAACCCCUCCUCUCCCCUCUCCACGCACCUCCGCCUCCGCCACCGUCGUCGUCGCCGGCGCCGCCCCUCCAUCGCCGCUUCUCUCCGCCGACCCAACCCACCUCAGCGCCGCGUCGGAGUCGUCGUGGCGUGUGACCUUGACGCCGUUGUUUAGGGCUUUCAUCUUCGGGCCGGAAUCCGUCGCGCUGUGCUGUUGCUCGACGUAGAGCUCCGAAAAUGGCGACCUCGACGCUGUUUAGGGCUUUGAGGUGCUCCUCGACGCAGCGCGGCCUCAGAUUGGCUACAAGUGUUCAUUUGCAGUUGGUCCCUGGGUAUAGAAAUUCGAGUCAUCGACAAUUAAGUGUUUUCAAUGAGUUUUCAAAGAAAUUGAAAGGAGAAGCUAAAAGUAACCAAGAAUUCCAGCAAUCCGUGAAGGACCUGAAUGAAAAAAUUGGUGUGGUGAAGGAAGAUUUGAAAGUAAGAACAAGGAAGACUGCAGAGAAAUUAUAUAAGAGUGUCGACGAUGUUUGGACUGAAGCUGAAGAGACGUCAAAAAAGGUUUCUGCUAAUGUUAAAGAAAAGAUCUCAGCUGCUAAAGAAGAGGUGAAAGGGACCUUUGGACUUGGAAACGAAGAAGCUUUGGGUUCAACAGAAGCUUCGAGUGCUAAAGAUGCGACUGGAGCAAGGGCUGAUCAAUCCCAAGAAUCCGUCAACAAUAACAAUAACAAUAACACAACUGGGGAUGAUACGCUAUUCGGCAAAUUUAAGUCAACCUUUUCUUCUGCUUCUCCAAUGGUAUCUACUGCAUUUCAAAAGUUGAAAGAAGCAAAAGUGUCAACCUUAGCAAAGAAAGGAUAUGAUAUAGUAAAAGAUGAAUUAAGUUCAGACAAAACCAACAAGAGACACAUGCAGUAUGCUUCUGCAUCUACUGCAUCAGGCGAAACAAGUACCAGAACUGAUAUAGUUGUUGUGCCUACAAAAAGGUCACGAUUGGGUGAAAAAUGGGAAUCAUUUAAAAAGAAGAUGCAAGAUCAUCCAGUCUUCAAGCGUGUGACUGGGUACACUCAACCUGUUGUAAAUAAGGGACAGGAGUUAGCAGAGGACGUGCGAGAGCGGUGGGAAACAAGUGAUAACCCUGUUGUCCACAAAAUUCAGGAUUUGAAUGAAACUGUUUUUGGAGAAACCGCAACUGCUCUAUCUUUCAAGGAGAUCCGCCGUCGGGACCCGUCUUUUUCUCUGCCAGAUUUUGUUGCUGAAGUCCAGGAAAUGAUCAGGCCUGUUUUGACUUCGUAUGUCAAGGCUGAUAUAGAGACAUUGAAAAAGUAUUGUACACGUGAAGUGAUUGAAAGGUGUAAAGGGGAGCGGACUGCUUAUCAAGCUCAAGGCAUCUUUUAUGAUAAUAAAAUUCUUCAUAUUUCAGAGGUUGACGUUAGAGAGACUAAAAUGAUGGGAUCUUCACCUAUAAUUAUCUUAUCUUUUCAAACACAGCAGAUCUACUGUGUACGCGAUAGAGAAGGAAAUAUAACAGAUGGAGGACAGGAUACAAUUCAAAACGUAUACUAUCUAUGGGCGAUGCAGCUAAUAGACCCUGAGGAGCUCGGGGAAGGUGCAUAUUACCCUGUGUGGAGGCUCCGCGAGAUGCAACAGCAAGGCAUUCAAGCUCUUAUAUAGAGAGAAAUUAUAUACCUUCUUUUUCAUAAUUGAUAAUAACGACCAGCAGUUUACCGUCCGAGAAGAUCCUCCAACCAAUUUUGAGUUCAGCUGGUCUGCUGCUGAUGCAAUGGCGUGUUUCGACAUGUUAAUCAUUUUUCUCUGGCCUCUCUUUCCUUGUUUCUUUUCCAGCCGAAAUUUCAGAUAGACAUGUUUGUCCUCUGUUCUUUUAUGGGGAUUCCGGCGGCGAUGAUUUAUGUUGUUAAUUUGAUGAUUCAUUUAUAGCCUCCUCUUUACUGAUAAAAGUGUAUUAUGAGGCUGGGAAUUUUGAAGUUCUGUUGUUUCUUUUUGUUUCUGACCUGCGGAAUCCGGAAUGCUUGUUCCUUCACAUUAUAGGAAAAUUUGUAUUCAUUCGUAGAAUCAUUUUGUGUUUCGCUUAAUUGUAUACUUAAGCUGCUGUAUUUUUAA